CAUAUUUUCUUCCAAUAAGUUGAACUCUACACACAGCAUCCAACAUCUGUGACUACAGCAGCCGUUCGAUAGAAGGGUUGUCGCAAGGAAUUAAGGAAUUACAGGCGUCGUUCUCUGGGCAUUCGAUUUCCAUGAUCCUGUUUGGUCCGUUGCUUUCUUAGGAACUACUACUAGAUAGAGACAGAUGGAGCUGCAAAUCAAGGUGGCGCAGGCGGUCCAUGUCCUGAAUCACGACUCUCAAUCGUGCAACCGUGUUGCUGCAAAUCAAUGGCUGGUUCAGUUUCAACAAACCGAUGUCGCUUGGGAGGUCGCCACCUCGAUCCUCACCUCCGAUCAUCGCCAGCCAUUCGUAAACGAUUUCGAAGUUGAAUUCUUCGCCGCACAGAUUCUCAAACGAAAGAUCCAAAAUGAAGGAUAUUAUUUGCAAUUUGGGGCAAAAGAUGCUCUAUUAAAUGCUCUACUCAUGGCGGCCAAAAAAUUUAGUUCCGGUCCUCCACAGCUCUUAACACAAAUCUGUCUUGCACUCUCUGCUCUAAUAAUAAACGCUGUAGAGCAUAGUAAACCCAUUCAGCAGCUUUUUUUAAGUCUCCAGAAUCUGCAAAAUCAGGGUGAUGGUAAUAUUGCUGUUUUGGAGAUGCUCACCAUCCUACCAGAAGUUGUUGAGGAUCAAAGUACUGAUUGUAACAUAAGUGCUGCUUGCCGAUGCGAGUAUGGCCGAGAGCUUCUCUUGCACACUCCUAUGGUUCUUGAGUUCCUACUGCAGCAAUCUGAGAAAAAGGUUCAUGGUGACAUUCAACUACAUGAAAGGAACAGAAAGAUAUUGCGUUGCUUACUGAGUUGGGUUCGAGCUGGGUGCUUCUCAGAUGUUCCCACAGGCUCAUUGCCAGGGCAUCCACUUCUUAGUUUUGUUUUUAACUCUUUGCAGGUUUCAUCUUCAUUUGAUUUGGCCAUCGAAGUCCUUGUGGAGCUUGUGAGUCGACAUGAGGGGUUACCACAGGUUUUGUUAUGUAGAAUUGGAUUUCUUAAAGAAGUACUUCUUCUACCAGCCCUUACUAAUGGAGAUGAGAAAGUAAUUGGUGGUCUUGCAUGCUUGAUGUCAGAAAUUGGUCAGGCUGCACCAUCUCUGAUUGUAGAAGCAAGUUCUGAAGCACUUGCACUUGCAGAUGCACUUAUGAGUUGUGUAGCAUUUCCAUGUGAAGACUGGGAGAUUGCGAACUCAACUUUGCAGUUCUGGAGUAGCCUUGCAAGCUAUAUUCUUGGCCUUGAUGUGGACAAUGGAACCGAAAGAAAAAAUGUGGAAGAUAUGUUUUCGUCUGUAUUUUCAGCGUUACUUGAUGCUCUUCUAUUGCGCGCUCAGGUGGACGAUUCUACUUUUAAUGAUGAGAAAGGAACACUUGACCUGCCUGAUGGCCUUGUGCAAUUUAGGAUGAACUUAGUGGAACUUUUGGUUGAUAUUUGUCAGCUUUUAAGAUCUGCUACAUUUAUACAAAAGAUAUUUUUUGGUGGCUGGGUGUCUGCAAACUUGCAAAUUCCUUGGAAGGAGGUGGAAAUGAAAAUGUUCGCUCUUAAUGUGGUUGCUGAGGUGGUACUGCAGGAAGGCCAAGCCUUUGAUCUCUCUAUGAUUAUGCACUUGGUAACAAUUUUGUCCAGUAGGGCUUCUGAUGAACUCAAGGGUUUCAUAUGCAUUGUAUACAGAUCACUUGCAGAUGUUGUUGGUUCCUAUUCCAAGUGGAUAUCCGCUUUCCAACCUAAUGUUAGACCUUUACUAUUAUUUCUUGCUGCUGGCAUUUCUGAACCUCUGUCUUCAAAUGCUUGUGCUUCUGCUUUACGUAAGUUUUGUGAAGAUGCUUCUGCAAUAAUGUAUGAACCUUCAGUUUUGGAAAUUUUGAUCUGGAUAGGAGAGGGAUUGGAGAAUAGGCAUUUACCUUUGGAAGUAGAAGAAGAAGUUGUUGGUGCAAUUGCUCCAAUACUUGGCUCUGUUCCAAACAAGGAGCUAAAGAAUAACUUGGUGGCUCGAUUGCUUUCUCCCAGCUAUGGAGCUAUUGGGAAACUAAUUGAUGAAGAUCAUGAGUGUUCUUUGAGGCAGAACCCCUCUACCUAUACACAAAUUGUCAACUCUGCAGCAAGAGGGUUGUACAGGAUGGGAACUGUAUUCAGUGCCACACCCAUGUCAACUGGUCCUGCUGCAGAUGAUCCUAUCCUUGCAUUGCUGGGCGUUUUCUGGCCAAUGCUUGAGAAACUCUUAAAGUCAGAGCACAUGCAAAAUGGAAGUUUAUCUGUGGCAGCUUGCAAGGCUCUCCAACAAGCAAUUCAGUCCUCGGGCGAACACUUUGUAGCACUUUUGCCAAAAGUAUUGGUGUGUUUAUCUACAAAUUUCAUUUCAUUCCAAAGUCAUGAAUGCUACAUCAGAACAGCCUCUGUUGUUGUUGAAGAAUUCGGUAACAAAGAGGAAUAUGGACCUCUAUUUAUCAGUACUUUUGAAAGCUUUACAUAUGCAGCAUCAAUAAUGGCUAUUAAUUCUUCAUAUAUAUGUGACCAAGAGCCUGAUCUAGUGGAGGCGUACUCUAAUUUUGCGUCUGCAUUUGUUCGUGACACUCCUAAGCUGUGUGAAAUAUCUCAGGAAGUAUUGGCUGCCUCUGGUUCCCUUCUUGAAGUGUCCUUUCAGAAGGCAGCUAUAUGCUGUACAGCUAUGCAUAGGGGAGCAGCACUAGCAGCAAUGUCAUAUAUGUCCUGUUUCUUGGAGGUUGGCCUGACAUCUUUGUUGCAAUCCAUGACUUGUAUCUCUGAAGGAUCAUUCAAUGCUGUGGUGAUUCAGGUCAUAUCUCAUGGCGGUGAGGGACUUGUAUCAAAUCUGGUGUACGCUUUGCUUGGUGUUUCAGCAAUGUCAAGGGUUCACAAGUCCGCUACAAUCUUGCAACAAUUGGCUGCAAUAUGCAGUUUAACUGAGAGAACAACAUGGAAGGCUAUUCUUUGUUGGGAGUCUUUGCAUGGAUGGGUACACUAUGCGGUGCAGACUCUACCUGUUGAUUACUUAAAGCAGGGGGAAGUGGAAUCUUUAGUGCCUGUUUGGCUCAAAUCUCUUGCUGAGGCUGCCACCGAUUAUCUUGAGAGCAGAAGCUGUGGAGGAAAGUGUAAUCAUGGGCAUAUGCAAGGGAAAGGAGGACGAAUUUUGAAGCGUUUAGUACGAGAAUUUGCUGACAGUCAUCGAAAUGUUCCAAAUCUGACUUGAUUGGUAUUAUGACUGCUGAUCUAAAUUAUGGUUAGUGAUCAGGCUGCAGCCUGGAAAGCUGUCAAAAGCAUAGUCAUGUUAGUGGCACCUGUAGCAUUUGUUGUAAAUUGAUAGCUUGUUUUAAAGCCUGGGCAAUCUUGGGGUCUGCCAAAUCUGGUGAAUUCCCCAUUCAAAUUACUAGCAUUCUUCUGUAGAUUAAUUGUACAGCACCCUCAAUUUUGGCAAACGUCUGAAAAUUUGUCAGUUCUUGUUUUUUAUCAUUUUUUUUCUUUUUUUGUGUUUAUUAUUUUUCUCAUCUUCAUGAGUAGCCAGAGACGGAAUUCUGAACCAUACAGUAAAUAAAGAAAGAAAUGAUUUUUCAUCAUUCCUUCAGUAAA